AUGCCUCCUCCCCCUCCACCCCCUCCUCCUCCGCCUGGAGGGCUCGGUGGUGGCCCUCCCCCACCUCCUCCCCCUGCUAGUCUACCUGGGAAGCCUUCCAAAGGACAAGCGAAAGAUCGGGGCGCACUACUAUCCGAUAUUCGAGGUGGCACCCGGUUGAAGAAGGCAGUCACCAAUGACCGAUCAGCGCCUGUAAUCGUAUCAUCUGGAGGUAGCUCAGCUGCACCGGCAGUGGGAAGUGCUCCGCCAGUCCCAGGCAUGAGACCGCCUCCCACUGCAGCACCGCCAAUUCCGGGUGGGCUUGCACCACCGGUCCCAUCAGGCAAUAGAUUGAGAAGCAACAGCGAAGGAGUAUCCGCUUCAGAUGAGUCUGCUAGUGCAACUGCUCCGCAAUUAGGUGGUCUUUUUGCAGGUGGAAUGCCCAAACUUCGGAGUCGUGGUGGUGGUGUCGACACUGGUGCCAUCCGAGACUCUCCAUAUAUGUCCGACUCGGAAGUGCGCCGAGCACCUUCUGCACCAGCUCCAAAGCCCCCUUCAGCUCCUAGAUUACCAGGUGGACGGCCACCGCCUCCUCCACCAUCAUCAGAUUCGACAGCUAUGAACCCUUUGAUUGCUAGCCUAAAGAAAGCUCCCCCACGACCUGCCUCAAGGUCAUCAUCCGCUUUUACUCCACCGACCGGCAAGGCUCCAGACGUACCGCCCCCAAGGGCACCUCCACCACCCCCUGCAUCGCGAAAGCCAUCUGGAGCGCCUCCACCACCUCGAUCAGCUAGUCCAGCACUCCCUCCGCCUCCGCCUCCAUCUGCUCCUGGACGACCAACACCUCCACCCCCUCCGUCUGUUGCUCCGCCAUCGAUUGCAGCUCAAGCAGCUCGCUCGGCAUUCGGUCAACAUAAUACCAGCUCUCCACUAGCACCACCUCCACCACCCCCUGCUGGAGCUCCCGCAGCUCCUCCACCACCUCCGCCAACAUCACUUCCACCUCCAAUGGCACCUCCACCCCCAAUGGCACCUCCAAGUGAACCUCCAACUCGCACAUAUUCCAUGCCCGUUCGUCCCGUCUCACACGAACCCCACGCUGCACUCAACCCCAGUGCAUACACACUUUCCAAUGGCGGCUCAUCUCCCGUGCCAGGAUCAAGGAGCCAGUUAACCAAUGGUCAGGCUCGGGUCGACGACACUCGAUUCAAGUUCCAGGGCGAUGGUCUACUCCCAAAGCCACGUCCAUUUGUCGGUGGACAGCGCAGGUAUCGUGCAGGAAGGGGCAGCAGUGUACCGUUAGAUUUGAGUGCGUUGAGUGCGUGA